UGUAACCGGUCGCACAAUAAAACAGUGAGAAAGCUUGCCCGUCCCUAAUCAAACAGAUACACUCGGCUGCGUCUGACGUGCCAAUCAAACAAACAAAUAAAUAAACUCAGCAUAGUGAUAAACAUAUACAAUGUUAUAGCAUACUGCUCUGAAUAGACCUAUCCGAGUUAGCGUUGUUUUCCCUGGGAAUACCGAACCUCAAUUACACUAAUAAAAUCUAAAGCCUUAAAGUAUUAAAUAAAUAGUGGUUGGCAAAACAUUUGAGAGAUCCCCCGCCGCGUUAUAUAUAGUGGUUUGAGUGUAAUAAGUUCAUUUGGUAUUGAGUGGUGAAUAUGAGUGGGAUGCAGAAGUAUAGCGUGAGCAGUAGCAGCAGUAGCAGUGGAGAUGAGAAGUAUGAGAUGGUGCCGCCUGAGGGGGGGUGGGGGUAUCUCGUUUGCAUCGGCCUGUCUGUUAUUUUUAUCGCCGGCACGGCACACCAGCCAGUAUUCGGGUUCAUCUACAACGAGUUCCUGGAUGAUGUGGGCGCGGGGACUGGCGCCGUGACUGUCGUGUAUGGAGUCUUCCAAGUCACUUUAGCUAUUGCAGGAUUUUCGGCGAACAUCGCUCUUAAGAGGCUAUCACUAAGACAAGUGGGUGUUAUCGGAGCAUUUAUAUACACACUAGCGUCCUUCCUGGCCAUUUUCGUCACGUCAACGACCCAAUUAAUCAUAACUAACGGCUUCCUCCAAGGCUUAGGAAUGGGUCUCCUCAUUCCCAUUUCAUACACAAGCUUCAACAGUUACUUUACAAAGAAAAAGGUGCUAUAUUUGAGCUUGUGUAAGGCUUCAAUUGGAAUGAUCACGAUGAUGUAUCCACUAUUCAUCAAGUUUACUAUUACUGAGUUCGGGUUCAGAGGGACGUUGGCUGUAUUAUGCGCUAUUUCGGCGCAUAGUAUAUUUGGGGCCGUUGUGAUGCACCCAGUCGAGUGGCAUAUGGUAAAACAGAUGAAGCCGUGCGAGAAAAUUGUUCUAAUCCCGCCAACUCCCGCCGUUGAAAAAGAAUCCCAAUUCGAAUUCACCAAAGACGGGUACACUCUAUCGCCCCAGCUGCAAACAAACACAGCAAAAUCCGUCGAAAACCUAUACAUCCACGCUCAGAUCGCCAGAAAAUCUUCCGAUUUCCUCUUCGUACCGAAAUUAACCGACUCGAGGAGAUUAAGCAUUCCUGUGGUCCUAAUACCCGAGGACGGCAAGACUGAUAGCAGAUUCAACUCAUCAGACAACGUGUACCUCGAGAACUUGUACAAAGCCGCCUCGGUGUCGAGUUUGGGCAAUUUCGGAGGUAUCGCGGCCGAGCCGAUGCCGAUCAUCAAGAACAAAGACGGGAAAUGGCAAACUGUCGCAGAGUUCUUAGACUUGACGCUGCUGAAGGAUUGGAUAUUCGAUAAUAUUGCUUUCGGGAUGUCGCUGGCUUUCUUCGCCGACCUCACGUUCUUCACGUUGGAGCCGAUGUUUUUGGAUAAAAACGGCCUAAGUCGGGGCGAGAUUGCAACCAUAAUAGCGAUAGGCGGCGCCACUGAUAUGUCAGCCAGGUUACUGCUUGGUGUCACCGGACAUUUCUUCACUCUGAACAGCCGUUACAUGUAUUACUCUGGAGCGCUCUUCACUGCGAUAUUCCGGAUAGUUCUCAUCCAAUGCACGACCUACCUUCCGCUCCUGAUCUUGACCGGUGUUUUGGGUUCCUUACGGUCUCUGCUGCAUAUAGCGCAGCCUAUAGUCAUGGCAGAGCAUGUGCCUAUUGAGCGGUAUCCAUCGGCGUAUGGACUGUAUAUGUUAAUCACUGGAGCCUUGAGUUUGAGCGUCGGGCCUUUGAUAGGUUUCGUCCGCGACUACACCGACAGCUACGAGAUUGCGUUCUAUAUGCUCACAAUCUGCAACCUGUGCUGCGUGGUCCCGUGGACCAUUGAAGCCAUCAUCAGAUUCUCCACCCGGAAAACCACUCAUCUGGAAACGUGAUGGAAGAAUUAACUUUACUGUGAAAUAACUUUUAGAAGAGCAAAGACUGCGACUUGUAAAUGGUGUAGCUAAUAAAUUACGGUAUAGCUCAUAAACGUCUUGACGUCUUUCGGAAAGGUUGGGCUAAUAUUGCCAUAGAACGAGACGCGUGGAAGAAAGAGAGGGCUGCCUUUGCCCAGCAGUGGGACACAACAGGCUAAUAAAUAAUAAUAAUAUAAUAAUAAUAGCUCAUAAGAUUGCUUGAUAUGGCAAUGGGCAAGCCACGAAGUCCGAAGACCAGUGGCGUAGCUAGGCGUGGGCGAAAUGGUCCUUCGCCCAUGGUCCCGCACUGAGGCCCCGGGAGAGGCAACCCUUUUUUAAAGGGACCCAUUGAAAGAAAAGGGCCCCGCAGAAGCGCCUUCGCCCACGGCUAGGUUAGUUCACGCUACGCCCCUGCCGAAGACAGUAUGGCCCCUAGGAUGUUAAAUGCAUAGAAUGGCGACUAUGGACAAAAAAUCUCUACGCUGUACGGUUCUAUAGAAGACGAACGGGGUAGCGCAGAACGGUUCUAGGCAAUACGGACAGACGUCUUAAGGAUGGACAUUGUGGUGAUAGAUGGUGUUCAUUAGAGGACUAUUUUAAAUGUUAGGGAAAUAGAUACCUAGUGUAAGUGUAACUAAUUAUGUGACGACUGUUAAGCCUGUUGAAAAUUAAAAUUAUAAUGAUUAUAAUAGUCACUUUAUGAUUCGAUUGAAGCCCAGUAAAAGUGAUUGCCAGUCGAUAGGUCUUUAUGUUGUGCCAAAGAAUAAAUAAAAUAAUUAUUGAUGGAUAACAAACAAACUCUACUUAUCGAAUUGUAACGCGAGCUGGAAAUUAUCAGUAUGAAUGACAUUUUAGUAGGGACAGUUUAAUGAUGGAAAUAAUGAAAAUUUAAAUGAAAUGAAGGAUCAAAAUCAUUCUUAAGACAAUCUUUAUAGUGUCCAGCCCGCAAAAGAAAUGUGGAAAUGAUUGUUAUCAUUUUCCUUUUAAAUACCACGUAUUUAGUGAAUCUUCUGUACUGUUAUCUAUUCUAUAUACACUGUACCUAGUUAUACUUUGAUUAGAUGAACGCGCUACGAAAGAUCCCCGAUGGUAUCUUAAGUGUUAAGUCGCUCCUUGACCCAACGUUCUAUUAGCGAUAAGCCGAGAAACCCGAAGAUUACCGGCGGGUUAUCAUAUCUUGCACGGAAAUAACUUUUCCUGGAGAUAGCACGAAAAUUAGAUGAAAAACGUGAUAUUGAAGGCAUGUUAGUAAACACGCCAAGUUGACCCAGUUGGCUGUUUACGUAUACAUUUGCUAAAUAUAGUUUAGUUCUACUUAUGUUCAUAUACUUUAGAUGAGUAUUACUGUGCCAAUUUAUUAAGAAAACCUUGAAAAUAGAAUAUAAGUACUCGUAAAAAAUGUGUUAUAAAUGAAAUAUUAUUAAAAGUUGUUUGAGAUCAUAUUAUUAUAAUUACUGUCAUAAAUUAUUAGUAGAAAUGAGUGAUUAGAUUGUAGUUAUACAUAAUAACUAAGUCCUAUUAGUAGUAAGUAGAGUUUUCUACUGUACAGUUAUCCCACUAUGAUUCCUACUUACCCUAUGGACUAUGUUGAAGAUUCUUACCUGUAAAUAAAAAUUUGAUAAUUAUUAGAAAAAUACUUUAUAGAUUAGUUCGUUGUAAGUAGCAAUGUCAUUAGUAAAUUUCUAAGGCAAUUCACACUGACAGCAAGUCUGGACGGAGUGACAGAUUUAACAAUGUAUCCAAGUACAUCAGUGAAUAAUUAAAUCACGUA